AUGGGUUCAGGUCCAGCGGAUGCCAUAUUGCGCCAUGUGUACGAUUUACCUCAGCUCUAUCAAAAGCCGUCAGCAUCUGCGCUCCUUCAUGCUCUGGGCCUUCUCUCCUCCGAUGCGCCCAAUUUUUCCAUCACCAACAAUGUCAGCCGUCGUCCGGUAGAAGAACAAGGCGUGCCAAGAUAUCUCACCUCGAUUGUCUCAUCCAGCCUAAAUUGGAUUGAAGAUGAGGCUGUCAAGGACUCCAUAUGGAACGCUGCAAGUACCCGGUUGAGCGAGCGAUCGGGGAGAAAUGCCAUGCCUCCCAUGACUCGAUCAUUCAUCGUUCAAGGUGAUCUCACCGUCAGCCUUCAUGAACCUUCACUUACCGAAGACAAUUUGGGACUGAAGACGUGGACGUCCUCAUUGAUGCUAUCACGCCGACUAGCGGAGUUUCGUAGGUUUAUUCCACAUCGACGGCCUCGGGUCCUGGAAUUGGGAGCCGGAACAGGGCUUGUUGGAAUUUCAGCGGCCUGCAUUUGGCACACACAUGUCCAAUUGACUGACUUGCCGGAAAUUGUCCCAAACCUCCAACGGAAUCUCGAACAGAACCGAGGUUUGGUUGAAAAGAAUCAUGGCAGCGUCGAUGCUCGGGCAUUGGAUUGGGCUGACGAGAUAGACCGUCCAAGUAACGACCCAGAAAGAUUUCCUGUUAUUCUUGCGGCUGAUCCUAUCUAUUCUCCUGAACACCCGGAAUUGCUCGUGAGCACAAUCCGUCGAUGGAUUUGCCGGGAUAUUGAGGCUAGGUUCAUUGUGGGGCUGCCGCUCCGUGAUCGUUACGAGGGGGAAAGACAAGGACUACGGGAAAAUUUGCAAAAGAAGGCAUUUGAUCUUAUUGUAGAGGGCACAGAUUCUGGUUUUGAUGAUUGGCACGAUCAAGACGGUAAUCCUGCUGAAGUCGUGUGCUGGUGGAGUGUAUGGAAACCCUCGGAUCUGGCUUAA